UGUACGUUCCACAUUCUGAUCCGAGGAUCAGCUGGAGGCAGCAAUAAACACAAGAAAAACCUGCAGCGGAAGAAGAAGAAAAAAAUAGCGAGGAAGAGGAGGAAAAAGCUGCAGAUGUUAUGAUCUGAAAUCAUCAGUGUAAUAUUUUUUACACGAAGCCCUUCUUCUGAGAAGAAAGCCUUUUAUUUUUAUAUUAUGGUGUUAUAACUACCUCACGUAAAGGCUAUCUAAAGCUAUGCUUUAAGAGUUGUCGUUUCUACUGUGUGUGAGAUCUCGUUUACAACUUGAAUAGUGCUGCAAAGGCAGGCCUUUGCUCUAAACCAAGUGAAACCUUACAUUUGCACUACAGAAGCCUGCCCAACCCUGUUGGUCGAUACAAACAAGAUCCUGCAAGAGGCUUCAAGUGGAGAAAAGGAUACUUAAAGAAAUCAGACAAAGAAUAGCAUAAAACAACAACUAAUAUUAGAUAUAAGUAAGAAAUUCAAAAAGGCAGCUACAGUUUUUAUUUGUGUACAACAGUAAAAAAAAAGACAAAAAAAAAAAGCACCAGUCAUCGACAUUUGACAUCAGAAGCAGCGAUGUUCCAACGUCUGAGCAACCUGCUGUUUGGAGAGGUGGAGGAGGUGUCGGCUGACCUGAAGGGGCCCAAACCUUGUGUGACGGAGGCCGACGAGGAGGGAUGGAUGCUCGUCAACCUGCCUGAAGAGUGCAUGAUGCAGGUGGAAGAUGAGACGGGAACCCCGCAGAUUGCACAGUCAUCAUCCGAAAGUCCCUCAUCCAAUCACCAAAACACACAAAACAGGACUGAGUGUCCGGCCCCCGUUCCCCGCCCGCCACACAAGCGCCGCAGGACACAUAAAGGCCGGGCGCAGGGUGCAGUGGUAUCAUCAGACCCCCUACUUUGCCCCAGCACCAGUCCGUCUGACAUGGGUGCCACGUCACCCGUGACCCUGCCAAGGCGAGCCAGACUGUCCACGCCCUCCUCCACCCCGUCGGAGUCCCCGGGCUCUGGGAGUGAGUGUGGGGCCAGCGGGGGUAGCAGUAGGGCAGGCUCAGAGAGAGGCUGCAUGGAUGAGAGCUGGUUUGUCACCCCUCCCCCCUGUUUCACUGCAGAGGGAGCCACGGCAGAGGCCAGCCCGAUGGAGGACCUGCUCAUCGAGCACCCCAGCAUGUCCGUCUACGUCUCGCCCAACAAUCUGUCCAUGCUCUCCAACAGCAACCUGUCUGCGGUGGGAGAGGAAAGCGUCGUCAGUCUGACGAGCAGCGUGAGCAGGGUGGCCGAACCCGCCGCCGCCGUCCCCGCCGCUCGGGGCGCCGCCCGGGUGAGCCGUGGAGCGGCCGCCCAGGCCGGAGCCCUGGCCAAGGUCACCCAGGUGGCCCGGGUGCAGCGUAGCAAAGCCCGCGUCGAGCGGCGCCAUCUGGCCCGCAAUCGCAUCCAACGCCAAAACCGCACCCGCGAGCAGGUCCCUCGCCACGCGGCUCACGCCAGAAACACCUUCCUCCACCAGCCCAGCAAGCGCAACUUCUGCCACUGAACUCCCCGGUAGCCACGGGGCGUCACUCUGAGGGCAUUAGGAACACAUAGUCAACUCUGACAAAUAUCCACCCACAGCAUAUUGGUUUCCGUUGCUGCAUAUUAUCUUGCAUUAUUACUCAGAUGACAGUAGAGCAGUUGCUUUUUUUUGGGUUGAGUUUUUGGCACAAACAGGCUUGGAAUUGUAGUUUUAUGCCCGACUCUGCUGGUGAAAAGCCCUCUGAGUAGAUCCUUGCUAACCUAUUUCAUAGUUAUUCCCCAGUGCAGUAUACAAGAAUUUUAAACAGUCUUUAAAAUAUUCAUAUACAUUGUAGUAAUCGUAAUGUCAAAGUGCAACAAAAACGUUGAGUUCUAAUAAUUUUCUGCACUUAUCAAAGUCUCCUUCUUCUUUCUUUCAGUAUGUAUUUGUUCUUGUUAAUUCAAGACUUAUAUUUCUAUAAUAGUUAAUUUUGCAAGUGAUUAACUGAAAACGGAAAAAUCGACAUGUACUUCGAUGUGACUGGUGAAUCUGACUUUUCUGGUGGAAACAAUGCGAGGAAGCGUUUUUACAGUCAGCACAGCUCCACACAUCUGCAAAGCUUUCAUUUAUGGAACCUUCUUUCAAAAUGGGAUUUAUUUUGUUCAUGGAAAGGUAUACCGUGGUGAGGUUGGAGCGUGGGGGAAUUCACACAUUUGUUUCUGUUCAGCCACAUUUGCAAACAUGUAAAUGGCUUGAAACCCCAAAGGAAGCAUCGUGUGAGAAUUCUCUCCUCUAACCUUCAGAUGGAGAAGAGCAGGUAGAUGGUGGUGAGAGUAUGAGCAAAACAGACUAAAGAGUAAAAGAAAUAAUAAAAUUAGGAAGGAAAGGUUGCAGGAAAGUGUUUCGUAACCCCUGAAGCAGCCUGAAACUGAGUUUUCUGAAUUCAACAUCCCACCUCAAUGGAAAACACUGAGAAUAUCAACAGCGUUUUGCAUAUUCAAGUGACUUUUCUAGGAAGAUGAAUUAGUUACUCAUUUUAUAAACAGGCAUAUAAGGUCACCUUCAAUUUUCUGCAUCUAAGUAAUAUGGAUGCAGUAAAAGAUGCCUUUGGGUUACAGAUCACGGCAGGUUACGGUAAGUGCAGAGCGGUAAUGAUUGGAACUCUUUAUUUUGUUUUGUUACAGUGUUAUUAACCUAUUUUCUCCAAUAAGUUGUAGCAUUAUGUUGCAGUCUCCUUUCGCAUGAUUCCACCAAAAGAGAAAGCUGUUCCCACUUUGCACUCGAAGACAAAGCGCUCGUUUGGCUUUUUAAUUCAACAAGUUAUUAAAAAAAAAAAAAGUACUUGUGAAACCUGAAGCGCAUGAUGAUGAUCAUUACAUGCGUAGUUUGCAAACUUAAGACAUGUGCCCAGCACACACCAGUCCCUUUCAUCUACACUGAGUGCUGCGAUUCUGUGUUAUCCAUGAGAAGACCAAAAACAUAUGAUCCAUCCACAUGUCAGACACUUUUCUUACACCUUAAAAAGUAACUGGCGUCAUGGAGGACAGUUGUCAGGAGGGAGGAGAAAAACAUUUCCUCGAUGCGUAACAUGAAGCAUUUUUCCCCCCACAUUCAACACAAUCAUCACAGCGUGAUCGAACAUCCGCUCCAUCCUUGUCUAUCUCUUUCUUGUUAGCACAUCAAGCUCUAACAGCGUCCACUUAAAAAUCUAGCUUACUGAUAUGUAUUCUACAACAAUAGUAAACAAUGGUGCUGAAGUGUAUACUAAUGUUUGUAAAUUAUUUGAGACAUGGAUGUAAGUUUGCACUGUCAUUCUUUUUGUGAGUCGGAAAUUUUAGCGGUGUGCUGUGUGCUUGUUUUAUUUUUGUGAUUUUUUUUUCCUUUUAAUUUUGUUUUGAUUCAGACUGCGUGUGGGAAAGUGUACUGACAUGCUAAAUGCUAGAAACUCUUUCUUAAAAAAAAAAAAAAAUUCUUAUUAGUUUCUCUUGUAAAUAUUCUGAAACUGUUUAUAAUGCUCCGUUAGAUGUCAAAGCCUCUCAGGAGUUGAGUCCACAACAUUGUGUCCAGUGGGACUGAUGAGAAUCCACUCUUUGCCUCACCUCUAUGCUCAUUUUCUAACUAAGAAGGCAUUUCAGUGGCCAAAGGUGGCGUCUCUGCCCCAACUUCAGUCCCGUUCUGCUGAGAGCACCAGAAAAACAGCACUCGACUCAGUGUUAAUGUGCCAUACAGGCAAAACACUGCCCUCCAGAGGGACCACUCAGCACCUGCUGUGUUUCAGUACAUCAGUGCUGGUGGGUUACAAGACAGAUUGAGAGUCUCUUCAUUCAUUUCUUGUUAUUUUAAAAUUAAAAAUGUGUUCUUUUGAUCUAAGAUCGUUUGAUUUCCCUUGAAUCAAGUACCACAAAAUUUUAUUUUCUGUCAAUAAUCCUUUAAAUUACUGUGUUUUAUUCAGAAUAUGUUAAUUUAUGACACGAUUGCUAUUUCCGUUGUGAAGAUGACUUUGAUUUAUGUGGAUUCAUCCAGUGCAGUGAAUGGUUCUGUAGUGACGUGAGCACACACACACACAUGGGGACACGUGUUGAUCUCUGUUUAGGCUUCCACACUCUCGAGGUUAGACUCUGCCUCUGAAAUAGAAAAAAAAAACAACAAAAAAGAAUAUAUAACAGGGUAAUAAUGAGAGAUCACAGACAUGUGUGUGUGUACAUGUGUGUAUGUGUGUGCAUGCUAGAAGCACUACAGACACUUGCCACUGCAAACAUGUCAUGUUUUCCCUUUUACUUUUUUUUUGUUUGUUUGUUUUUUGUUCCUUUCUCACCAGUGUCAUGUAAAAUGGAAACGUGUCUUUGGUAUGCUGUGUGUGAUCAUGGAAAGUCGUGGUUUUAUGAGUGGAAGUAUCUGGAAUUGGGGAGAGGGAGUGAUUAACCAAUGUGUCGAGCCUAUUUCACGAGAGGGGUGUGAACAAGGGCAGUGUGAGGCAGGAGAUAAAUAGUUCAUAUAUUUAAAGAAAAAAAAAAGAAAUGAAAUGUGUUGUAAAAAAAAAAAAAAUCUACCAUAUGCUUGUAUUUUCCCAUAUAGUUAUUAGAACAGUCGUUCAAUAAUAGGAUGUUUUAAAUGAAAAGCAUUGAAUGUCUGGGGAGUUUCGUAUGUUUUAUGUUGUGCCCUGAAAUAAUGGCAGCUUAAAAACAUUUGGGGUUUCACCCAUAUUACAUCUGAAUUAGUACACCUCUCUCCCUAUAAAAAAAGAAAUAUAUAGAAUAUAAAACAUCGGUGUAUCUGAUAUAUUUGGUGAUUUGUGCCUUUCACUAUUUCUGCAUGGUUUAUGUGAUGUACCAAUUUUCCAACCCUAAACUUGGACUGACAGGCAAGACCUAUGCAAAAAAAAAUCAUCGAAUGGGUUAUCCAGCAUCCAUUCAGAAAACACAGAUACCCGCCACCAAAAAG